CAACGUCACGUUCGUCUCUUUUCUCUCUCGUCGAUGCAAUCGCCGUGUUACUUCGUCGCGGUCUUCAAUGCCACGUGACUAUCGUUUUCGAUACGCAUAUUUUUAAAUUGCAAAAAUUCGUACCAUCAAGACUGUCUUAUUGUUUUAUUAUUAUUGUACUUAUCGUUAUUGUUAUUGUUGCUGCUUAUCGUUCUCUUUACUUUUCUUUAUAUCGUUCUUCUUAUUUUGCAGAAACAUUUGCAAGAAGGACAUUUACAAGAUAAGUAUUUAUGAAUUAAAGGAAAGAAAAGAAAAUCGAGUAAGAAUUAAAAACAAUAGAGGGAAGGGAUUUUUCACUUUUCUUUUCGAAACCAUAAUUGACUUUUUGGAAAUCGAUAAUUAUGAGGUAUCACGUUGAAAGACAUUUGAACGUUUUCAAUAUCCAAAAGAAAAUUAUGAUUAUUUGUUUACUUUAAAGACACGUCCGGUGUGAUAUACCGGUGUGAUAAAUCGUGGCCCUGGCGAAUAGUGUGGCAUGUGACCGUAUGUGAGACAAUGUGGUGGGUGGGUGGAUCCUGCGAUCUCCAGAGAUGCAAGUUCCUUGUUCUCCUGAUCCUGAUAGGCUGCAGCGAGGCAUAUCUCAAUAUUUUCAUCAGCCAAUCGCAAGUUAUGAAACUUUUGGGACUCGAAGCGGAAUUGUACUACGUCAGAGAGGGGGUGGUCAACGCGUACGCCAUGAAUUUUGUCGUUCCGGUGCCAGCGAAUAUAGCAGAUCUUGAAUUUUCCUGGCAGAGUCUAGCCGGUCACCCGUUGCCAUAUUCUAUGGAGUUGGAUUACGAUGUAGUGAGAGUAGCGGGUGCAGCUUCGGGCAUGAUGGCUUUACUGUCUCCGAGGGUGAACGUGUCGGCCAAAGGCGAGGUUCCCGUCGUCCUGCAAGUCUUCAGGAUCAGACUGCCUUGUUCCGGUCUCGUUAGCGCCGAAAUUCCUUUGGCCCUCAGGCUGAACGUCACCGCACCUCCUGGGACCAAGUAUAACGACACCAUACUGGUUUUCAAGAGGAACAAAAUCUGCUUGAAGGGAGUCGAAACACCCCCUCGUAACGAGUCGGUACGUUUGGAGCCUGGUCCUUUGGUGAAUGGUGCUGGUGCGCUCUAUGUUGCUGCCACUUGUGCCUGUGCUUUGAUACUAGUCGUUGGCAGUGUCGCCAGUGCUUUGUACAUUCGCAAUAGCAAGGCACGAGUUCAGGAAUCUCAGAAAACUCUUCCUUGCUGUAGCUAUUCGGCAGCUGACACCGACGGACUUGCCAGAAGUUCGGUACUGGUCAGAGUCGACCCAAGGCCCGGAAGCGCGAAUUCCGGAAGUUACGCGACCAUCGCCGACCUGGAACCGCUUUAUGCGAGACCUUGUGGAUCUAGAGCAAGUUACUAUGCUGCCAGUCAUGUCACGCAUCUCAGUCAGUCAACUGACCCCUGUGAAAAGGCAAGAGCGCUUUCAGUACCGAGAUCGGCACUUUACUGUCGUAAUCUCGUACAGGAGGGAACCUUCGGACGUGUAUACAGAGGAACUUUGGAUAUGGGUGGUCGAGAGCAAGAAGUUAUCAUCAAAACGGUGACAGAGGUAGCAUCUGCUUAUCAGGCAUCGUUGCUCGUUGUGGAGGGUUCGCAAUUGGCCGGUUUGGUACAUGCGAAUAUAGCCUCCUUGGCAGCAGCUUGCCUUGACAGUUCUUGCCCAUUGUUAGCGUACACAAGUACGCAGGGAGAAUUAAAUCUGAAACUCUACCUUACCGAUGGAAGUCACCAUCCCGUGACCAGGGAUCUGGUGAACGUUGGUGCUCAGGUUGCCAGAGCCGGAGCUUUUCUGCAUGGUCGCGGACUCUUACAUAGGGAUAUCGCUGCCAGGAAUUGUCUGAUAGAACCUAACAGCCUUCGUGUUAGAUUAGCCGAUGCUGCCUUGGCUCGAGAUCUCUUUCCUCAGGAUUAUCAUUGUCUUGGGGAUAAUGAAAAUAGACCGAUACGUUGGAUGGCUUUGGAAAGUCUUCAACACAAUCAAUAUAGCACUGCGACGGACGUGUGGUCCUUCGGCGUAUUCCUCUGGGAAUUAGCAACAUUGGGUCAACAACCAUACGUUGAAGUUGAUCCAUUCGAAAUGAUGGUCUGUCUUCGAGAUGGAUAUCGAUUGGCACAACCAAGACCUUGUCCCGAUGAGCUCUUCGCCGUUAUGGCCGUCUGUUGGCUUGGCCUUUCGAGGGAUCGACCAACGAUGCCACAACUUCUCGCCUACUUGCAGGACUUUCACGACGCUCUCGGUGGUUUCAUAUAAAUCUACAAUCACGGAUUAGAAGAGUGUUCAUUGAAAGGAGUCAAACGAUGUUCAAAUAUGAAACGUUCUAAUACGAAUCAAAGACUAAUUUCGAUAAUCAAAUGAAACAUUCCGAAAUCAAAUCACAUGGAAUUGAAUUUGCACUGCCAAGUUUGCGAAACAAUGGUAAUACCCUUUUGAUAUUCGUGAUAUUUCGCUUAUA